AUGCCUAAGUUCAAACUCAUUCACUUGCACCUGCUGGUGGCAUUCUGUCUGUAUACGACGACGAGGGCCGAAUGGUGGGACGACUUCUCGAACAACUUGGCGACCGAUCUCGCGCCGCUGCUAGCUCUAUUUGGCGAAAGAGUGACAAUGCAGUUCCUGAGCGAGUCCACAUCGUGGCUGGACAACUUCAUCUUUGCGAUGGCACCCCUCGGCGUCGUCACUGCAGUGGCAUCGGCAAUCCGCGUCUGCGGCGGUCCAGGUUUACGUGCGUUCAUCGGUCGGGCGCAAGAAGGCGGAGGUAUUGCUGAAGCCGAACUAUGCUCAUCCACAAGUCGAGAUGUCUGUGAACUGGGUGAUCCUGGACGUAAUAAUACGGUCUAA